UUUGCUAGUGGUGCCAUGGGUCACCAGCAGCUCUCCUGGAGCCACCCUCAAAAAUUCGGCCAAGGGUCUCGGGUGUGCCACGUCUGUUCGCACCAGCAUGGCCUGAUCUGCAAGUAUGGCCUGAACAUGUGCCGCCAGUGCUUCCAGCAGUAUGCCAAGGACAUAGGCUUCGUCAAGUUGGACUAAGUUAUAUUUGUGGAUCUCGCUUCAGUGAUUAUACUGACCAUCAGUAACUACCAUUUUACUGGACCCCGGACAACCUAAAGAUCGCUCG